AUGGCCAGAGAAAGCAGCGCACCGAAAGAGCCGCUCAUACCGGGGAAGCCGAAUGAGCAGCAUCGACCCGUGGAGUCUCAGAAGCCAGAGUUUGGCAGACCCUCGCCGAUGGGACCGGCACAAUAUCGGCCCACCCAGCCUACCCAACCUUCCCAGCCGAACCGAUCUAGUCAAUCCAGUCACCUGUUCAAUAUCCCCAAAUCCAAUCAUACGCGACCUGAGCACCACCGUGCCCACCCUCGACCUCAGCCUCCGAACCCGGGUCAACAGCAUGGUCAGCAGCAAUAUGGAGCUCCGCAGGGCCAUCGACCAGCUCCUGCUGUCGCAUCUACGCCAGCGAAACGCGGACCGUUCGAUCCCUUCAAGCCUGUACGACCGGCAGCCUACAAUGAUCAAAGAUCUGGAUAUAACACCGGUGCAACUCCAAUCAAGCGCCCCGAGAAUACGAACUGGACAACUCCGCGUGCCCCAAGACCCCUCUUUAUGUCGAAAGGAACGGCCCCGAAACCGUCAAACGCGACGAAGAAUCUUCAGGCUUUCAUUGAUUUGACGAAGGAUGUGAACUCCUUUGCGAACCCUCAAGACCGCAACAAUAUUCCUGGUGGCCAUGCAUCAAGCUUUGGUGAAAUGGACGUGUACGGCUAUGUUGAUGUUGAAAAGGCGAAUGAAAAUAUCAAGGCCCUGCUUGAGGGUGCUUUUGAAGAUGACGAGGAGCAAUCCCGGCCAAAAUCUAAGGGAACGAAGAAAGGCAAAAAGAAGAAGCAGUCUAAAAAAGCCAAGCAGGCCGAGCCUCCCAAAGCGGAGAAGAAGGAUGAAUCCAACGAUCUUGACGAUCUUGCUGCCCAGCUUGAGGCGGUUACUGUCAACGACACUAAGUCAGCUGAGCCCGAACAUAAGGCUGCUAUAGCCUCUGUGGGCCAUUCGGAGGCAGAGCAAAAGAAGCACGAGAUCACAGACCAGGAAGAAGACGAUGUGGAGGCCGAUGAAGAGGAGGAUGAGGAGGAGGAGGAAGACGAAGAAGAAGACGACGACGAUGCCGACAACGGCACCGUCGAGGGCCUGAAAGUCACACUCUUGCCUCACCAGGUUGAGGGUGUGAAGUGGAUGUGCGACAAGGAGACAGGUCGGCGCACGACCAAGGGAAUUUUCCCCGAGGGUGGCAUCCUUGCCGAUGACAUGGGAUUGGGUAAAACGGUACAGGCUAUCGCUUUGAUGCUCCGAAAUCGCAAACCCGAACACGAACACAGCGGAGACACCGAUAAACCCGAGAAAUCAGACGCCGAGAAGGAGCUGCCCGCCUCCAAGCUCUCCAAAAGCACCCUGGUCGUUGCUCCUCUGGCUCUCAUCAAGCAAUGGGAGUCCGAGAUCAGCGAUAAGGUCGAGCAGACACACAAGCUUCGCGUUUGCGUGUAUCAUGGAACCAACCGCGCCAAGGCGUCUAAGGACCUGGACACAUACGAUGUGGUUAUCACAACCUACGGAACACUGACCUCCGAGUCUGGAACUGCCGCUGCUGACAAGGCGAAGAAGUCUGGCGUUUUUGCAAACUAUUGGUACCGUGUUAUUCUUGAUGAGGCUCACACCAUCAAGAACCGAAAUGCCAAGGCUACGCAAGCAGCGUGCGCCUUAGACGCCAAAUACCGCUGGUGCUUGACUGGAACACCCAUGCAAAACAACCUUGAUGAGUUACAAAGCCUGAUCAAAUUCCUCCGCAUCAAGCCAUUCAACGACCUGGCCGCCUGGCGUGAUCAAAUCAGCAGACCGCUGGCUAACGGCCGCGGUGGCCUGGCUAUUCAACGCCUGCAGGUUUAUUUGAAAGCAUUCAUGAAGCGUCGCACCAAGGAUGUUUUGAAGAACAAUGAAGAUUUCAAGCCUGGCAAGCCGGACGCAGAUGGCAAGGAGAAGAAAUCAUCCAAUGGCUUUAAGAUCGUCAAGCGUGAAGUCAUCAAAGUGAAUGCUGAAUUCAUGGACGGAGAGUUGAACUUCUACAAGCGCCUGGAACGGCGUACCGAGAACAGCCUUGAGGAGAUGAUGGGCGACUCGAAGGUCGAUUAUGCCGGUGCUUUGACACUGCUGCUGCGUCUCCGUCAAGCAUGCAACCAUCCCGAUCUGGUCAAAAGCGACUUGGCUGCUGAUAAGGACGUUCUCUUGCAGAAUGGGAACAGUGGAAGCGACGCCUCGCAAAACAAGCAAGAUGAUCUUGACAAUGUUGCCGAUCUCUUUGGUGCACUUAGCGUUGUGACGAAAAAGUGCGACGUGUGCCAAAUGGCACUCAACCAGACCGAUGCCAAGAAUGGCGCUACUCGUUGCAAUGACUGCGAAGCCGACUUGAACACCGACUUCAUGAAGAAGGAUAUGCACAAAACGCAUAAGUCAAAGAAGGCUCACAAGGAGCACAAAGCCGCCGAGCCCGUUCGUUCCCGAAAGAACCGCAGGGUCGUCCUUGACAGCGACGACGAAGGAGAUGAAGGGGAUGAAGGGGAUGAAGCUGAAUGGAUCGUCCCAGUAGACCAGCGCAGUAUAUCUAAACUUGGCAAGGCUGGAGGCUCGGAAGACGAAAACGCCGAAGGCGGCGGAGAGUGGAUUGGCUCUGAUGACUCUGACUCUGACAAUGAUGAAAUUGACUCCCCGUCAGCCAAGAAAACUCGUCCCAUCAUCCUGGACAACUCUGACGAUGAGUCCCGAUCCGACACGGAGGAGGAUAUUUACGAGAAUCCCGAGGGCGAAAAUGGAGAGCUGCCUUCAACCAAGAUCCGCCACCUUAUGAAGCUUCUCCACAAGGAGUCGGGUGACUACAAGUUCAUUGUCUUCUCCGUCUUCACCUCGAUGCUUAACAAGAUUGAGCCUUUCCUGAAGCGGGCCAACAUCGGCUUUGCCCGGUAUGAUGGGCAAAUGAGAAAUGACAUGCGCGAGGCCAGUCUCAACAAGCUUCGCAGCCACAGUGGUACCCGUGUUUUGCUUUGCAGUUUGCGUGCUGGUGCUCUGGGUCUCAACCUGACUGCUGCUAGUCGGGUGGUGAUUUUAGAACCGUUCUGGAAUCCGUUCGUCGAAGAACAAGCCAUUGACCGUGUCCACCGCCUCAAUCAAACAAUUGACGUCAAAAUCUACCGGAUGAUCAUCAAGGGCACCGUCGAAGAGCGCAUCGUCGACCUCCAAGACCGCAAGCGCGAAUUAGCAAACAUGACCAUCGAGGGCAAAUCCGCCGCUGGAAAAUUGACCAUGCGCGACAUGAUGGCCCUCUUCGGCCGGGAUGCCGAGCACAAGUUCCAGGAUAAGCAAGGUACCCUGGACUUCAAGCAGCCCACUCGCCUUCUAAACUCGGGCGAAGACACUGGUCCUCGGCCAUCUUCGCAGACCUCAGCUCGGUCGGACUCGCGCGACCGGACCCAUCGGGCCCCAUCGAAUCGGCCAACACCCGAGGACUCGGUGUAUGGUCGACGCUGGUGA